AUGCGGGCGUACUAUAGGGCGAAAGGGGAAGAAACUGCGGGGAUAGCGUAUCGGGCUCGGAUGCAUUGCUUUUUUGCUGAGCUGGAGCCGUCUAUUCCCGUCACGGAACAAAACCUGGCAGACCGAGUUCGGUACAUCAUGCGCUCGAAAAUAUUCGAUGAUGCCGAGCUCGAACGACUACGACGUGAGGCCAUUCCCUCAUCGAAUGAAUUGGCUACGGCUGGGGAUGAGGCUCCUCAGGCGACAGACCAGCUGCCACGCGUAGAAGCCGCCAUGGAUCUUCCAGUUGUGGGUGAUUCAGACGAUGAUGAAAUGGUCUCCCACGAACUAGAGCAAAUGAGGAGUAUAUUGGAAGAGGCGAUUUUAGAAACGCGCAGCAUGCCUCUCGAAAAUCGACCGCGACUUCCCCGCAUACCCCUAAGCAAGCGAAAUCGGGCUGUCGUGAGGGCUCUUAACCCAAUGCUGGCAACCUAUUUGGAAGCCAGCCGGGACCUUUGCGAGACGGACUCAGUUCUUUUUGGCGCCGCAGUGGCAGCUUGCCGUAUUAUUGGCGCCAAACUUCCCAUGGCUGGACGCGCUACUAAACAAAGUAGCGCCAUCCCAGCCUGGAGAAAAAGAAUUGAGGACCGUAUCGCAAAGGCAAGGGCCCUUAUCGGCAGACUGAUAAGCUUCAGGUCGGGUAAUAAUAGACCGAGGGUUGUGCGCACCGUUAGAAUGGCGUUUGCUGGGACAAAUAUCAGUUUGUCCCAGCCGGAUAUCACGCAGAAACUAACGGAGCGCAUAGACGACCUGAAGCAAAAGAUUGCCGCUUGGGGGAAGCGGAUUCGCCGAUUUAUCGAGAGGUCAAGGCGGUUCAACCAGAAUCGUCUCUUCCAGAGUGAUCAGAAUAGGCUCUACAAAUCAUUGUAG